UUUGACCGGGAGUCGGGGAGGAGAGUUGUAGCGUUUUCAAGGACCUGGUCGCAUCUCAGCUUGUGUUCGGCAUCAGCGUUGGACGCCAUCCUUUAUGUGUAUAUGCACCUGACUAUUGUGUGAAGGAAGCCGACGGCACACACGUGGUGGAUUAGCCAUCCUCAGCAGCUCCUAAUUAUAUACUUUCUAGUGACUGGAAAAGUUGAGCUCGUCCGAUUCGUCCACUCGUCCGAGGAAGAAAAACAAUUCGAAUCAUGUUGUGCUCAAGAGGUCGGACGGGCAGCGUCUUCGCGCUCCUCGCAUUAUUCACAGCCUCUGUCAUAGCGCAGGCGCCACCAAAAGUCCAGGUUGAAAGGGAAAAGGUGGUCAAAGUUGGAGAUCCCUUCGAGUUCGUCUGCAGGGUCGCCAGGCCAAUUGACUAUUGCGGAAUCAAGUUCGGCACCACCAGCAUCAAGAUCAAGGAAAACACCAAGAGGGACGAUCUCGAGUACUCUGGUCGUGGCUUCCAAAAUGGAGACUGCGGAAUCAAGAUUUACAGUGUCAAGGAAAACAUGCACGGAAACUUCACCUGCACAGUCAGUUACCCUGACAUUGAACUUGAAAGUGUCGGAUUCACUCAAUUGACGGUGGCCAUCCCUCCCACCAGAAUCGAUCUGACCACCAACAAAGCGGAGUACAAGGAGGGAGAGGAAAUGGUGAUGACCUGUUCAACUUCUGGUGCCAGGCCGGCACCAACAGUCACCCUCUUCCUUGACAACAACACCCUGGCCCAAAGCCAAAGGACUUCGGAUUCCGUCAACCACAACCGCAUUGCCAACUACAAGGACAACAACAAGAAACUGGUUUGCAGAGCCACUCACCAGGCCCUCUCUGAGGAUGAUGUCAGGAGCACCGAGAAAACUCUGGUCGUCUUCUUCAAGCCACAGCCUGCGAGUCAAUUCGGACAACAAGUCAACAAGUUUGGAUUCAUGGAAGGCACUGAGGGAAUCAUCUCCGUGGAUGUCUUCGCCAACCCGAAACCCAGAUUUGACUGGAAGAUUGAUGGCGUCUCUCCAGACAAUGUUGCCUACAAAACCGUGAUGGACCAGAGCAGGAUUCAAAUGAACGAAGAUGGUUCAUACAGAGCUGAGCUUUUGAUUGACAAAGUGAGGCAGGAAGACCAGCAGAAGGAAUUCGCUCUGACAGCAACCAACAAACUCGGCUCAGAGACUUACAAGGUCAAGAUCUCCUUUGAAGCUAAUCCUACUGUUGAAGAAACUGACUUGGGAGCUGGUGCCAUUGUGGCCAUCAUUGUGGCUGUCCUGAUUGUGUUCGUAGCCAUCUUCCUUACCUUCUUCGCUCGCAGCACUGGUCGCUGGUGUUUUGCCGCCGGAGUUCCUACCGCAGGAGAUAAGGAGGCGCUUGAGGAUCCCGCAGCAAAAUCCGGAGGCUGGUUGUCUCAAGUAACCUCUUACAAGGCCGUGGCCACCAUGGAGGAAGCUUCGGCCGCUGACACCCAACCUAAAUCCUUAUACCUAACAAAUAACGAGCCAACGGCCGUUGUGCUUGAAACUAAUAUUGACGAAGAAGAAAGUGGUGGCGUUCUUCACAGUAGUGACACGGAGAGUGCAGACAAGGUCCCAGCCACCAGCGCUGCCCGCAAUAUGGGCAUUCGCAUCCAAACCUUCUUCCGAGAAAAAAUCAACAGCUUCAGGACCUCAACAAAGGUUCCUUCAAGUGAAGAGGAAGCAAAGGAUGUGGAGGCUGCAGAGCAGAAAACUGCCCCUGAAACCGGUUCUGAUGGCGUCGUCUACGCCGAAUUGGAGAUGAAGAAACCUGGAGAACCGCCAGUCAUCAAAGAGAGCGACGAGAAGACCGAGUAUGCCGAAAUCAUCCACGGCUCACCGAAUGCCGCCAAAGUCUAAAGGGCGAAUGAGAAAAGACCAAUUUUUGUCUUCAAACUUUGGACAAAGUGGCUCUGCCACUUAAAUUAUGGUCGUGCAUUUAAAACAAAUCAAGAUUGAAAUUUUUUACACAACCUGUAUUUCCAAACUUCCAGGCUUGCU